UUAAUCUUUUUAUACUUUGAGAUGUGCAACUUUUCUACUGUGUGAAAAACAGGAGAAGUAGAGACUACAGGAAAAAAACCGGAUACUUCCACACUUCCCAGAAGGUAAUGAACAUUUAAAGACUAUUGAUGACCAAGACACCUUGCCGGUCUUUCUUUUCCUGCAAAGUUUAAUGUUUGUAACAGUCUAGAAAUUUAAGAAAGAGCAAGAAAGGCUUCCAGAUUAAUACUCCUGUUAACUAUUCUGCGAUUAAGCAGUAAGAGUUCUGUAAAGGCUUGCAAGUUGGGCUGAAGUGUUAAAAGUAUUUGAUUUCUCAGAACUUGUGAAGCUGGCAUUCCCAGCCCCAUCGCAAGGAACUGUCGGCUAAUUAAAUUCUCCCUCCUUCAAGAGAGGAGGGAGUCAACCCCUCGGACUUACUAGCCAACAAUCUUUUUCGGACUGAGGAAAUUGCUAAAAGCACCAGCUAUGGCUGAUGCUGCCCUCUCUGCCAAUCUGAGGCAACAGCGUAAUGGCAAAACAACUUUUCCCCCCUGCAGGGAUGCAGGUGGAGGAGAUAGUGGUGGAGGGGGACCUUUUGUUGGAUCUCCACCCACUAACCAGGAACUGCUCCAAGGAAGAGAGAUUGCCGAUAGAUGGCAGUCAAGAGAGGUGGUUAAGCAGGAUGGCAGGCCGGUCAAUACUGAUGUUUCCUUCCCUGGUAUAGAUUUCACAGUUCCUGUGAUUGGAGAAAGCCAAAGUCUGGGUACUCCGGGGAUUAAUCAGAUUGAGGACCAGACAUUUGGUGCAGCUGCAGACAUCCAAGAUGCAGGAGAUGAAGAACAGCCAGACCUACAGGAGCAGGGAUACUGUGGGCCUGUUGACCAGAGUUGCAGAUCCCAAUCUGGUGAAGAAGAGGAAAAACAGUUGGGCAAAAAGAAACACAGAAGGCGCCCUUCAAAGAAGAAGAAACAUUGGAAGCCUUAUUACAAACUCAGCUGGGAAGAGAAGAAGAAGUUUGAUGAGAAGCAGAGUCAACGGGCUUCCAGGAUGCGGGCAGAGAUGUUUGCUAAAGGACAGCCUGUUGCACCAUACAAUACCACACAGUUUUUGAUGGAGGAUCAUGAUCAAAAAGAACCAGAUUUGAAAACAAGCCUUUACCCCAAAAGAUCUGCCACCAAGUCAGAUGAAACCAGUGAGGAAGACUUUGUGGAAGAGAAGGAUGGGGGUAGUGAUGGGAUGGGAGGGGAUGGUACUGAAUUCCUUCAGAAGGAUUUUUCAGAGACAUAUGAGAGAUAUCAUGUAGAGAGCCUACAGAAUAUGAGCAAACAAGAGUUGAUCAAGGAAUAUUUGGAGUUGGAGAAAUGUCUUUCCAGAAUGGAGGACGAGAACAAUCGCCUACAGAUGGAGAACAAGAAAUUUGCAGGGGACUCAACAGAGGAGGACCCCAGGGUAAGUCAGUUAGUACAGGAACUGGACAGGUUGAGAGCUGAGAACCAGAAACUCUUGAAAGAAAAGGAACUUGGCAGAGAACAGGAGAACAAUUUCUCUAAACUGGGAGAAUGAAACAACAUUUUCUGAGGACAUAAGUGGAAUUGGACAGAAACCAUCCCAAGAUGCUGUAUUCAUAUUGUGGGGUGCACAUGUGUAUGUGUGUGUGUGCACACACACAUACACACAUAUAGAAACAGGACUUUUAUGUGAUUUAAUCAGAAUAAAUUCACAAUCUUACACUGUUUUUGAAGAUAGUU